AUGCACAUACACGAGCUACCGGAGGAGAUUCUUUGCAAAACAUUUCUGUUUUCCCUCCCUGCCAGGGAUGAGAUGCGGAGGGACGAGGUGAACCCUAUUCGUUGGGAGAAGAAACAGAACCGUUCCAUCUCGACACCACUCUACAUCUCGCACGUGUGCCGACAUUGGCGUGGAGUAUCCCUUGCAUGUGGGGACUUGUGGUCGCAUCUCUACAUACGUUACAUCAGCCGCUAUGAGAAUGACUGGAGCGGACAGGCGCUAGAAAUCGUUACUGAGUGGCUCGAGAGGACACGCGGACGUCCGCUGAAUUUUACGAUCCAUUGCACUCUUGGUCAGAAAAGAGGACAGGAGGGCGAACAUAGCGCUUUUGAGUACAUAAUCACGACACUGCUUUCGGAGCAGCACCGCUGGCGCGACGUCGAUUUUUGGUGGAGUUACGUCAAGGUGUCUUCAGACUUCCCAGGAGUAUAUUGCACUCACAUGCCAGCUCUGGUAUCGCUGUCCUUGAACCAUAAUCUAGCUGUUGUCAGACAGUUGGUAAAGUCAUGUAUCGACCUUUCCUCGUCCCGGAAGCUUGCGUUCCUAGAUCUUUCGAUCUGUAGCAACCUUAGCUUCCAUGAAGACGAAAACUCGUCACAUUCGGGAGCAUUACGCAUGGAAGAAACAUCGCCUGUUCGCACGUUGGACCUGCCUUCCUUGAAGUACUUUGCUUACAAUUUCGACACGGAUGACUAUAAUGGAAGGCAAAUCUUCUUGAGCUUCAUUCGGAAUGCACUCCCUCCCUUAACGGUCUUGGACGUGGCAGGAUACUUUGUACACGAUGACAUCCUUGUACCGGCUUUGAAACUGCUGACUACACUCGAGGAAUUCCGUAUCCAUCUUGGUCGAUUGAGACCAAAGUUCUUUCGGAUGCUCAUACCAGAUAAACAUAACGGCCCAAAGUCACAUUCUAUUGUAUGCCCUUCUCUAAGGAAAAUUUACCUUAUCGACGUUAACGAUCCUGGUGAUGACAGAAGCGAAAGCUGGGACGAGAUGGAGAAUAUGGAAGAUGAGUCCGAGCACGAGGAAGAACUGGGAAUCGGAGACCAAAUCAAUAACGAACACGGAGACGUCAGCCGUUGGAAUGGCGUUCAUUAUGAUGAAUCAUCUGAACGCAGAUCAGCACCCCAUCUUGCCUUCAUAGGUGCCCUUUGUGCCAUGGUCGAAUGGCGGCACAAUUAUUUGAACACCUUGAGUUAUAUCUGGGUGUAUGCUGGUGAAGAUACAGGGUGGAAUUGCCUGCCAGUUGAGUGCGGCAGUUGUUUGUAUAACAAAAGAAUCAUGGAGGACUCUUUCCAGAGGAAUAUUUGUGUUGAAAGUACGGGUCGUGAGCCUCCUCAUCCGAAGGACUUGCAGGAUCUUACAGCUUCACUCCCUGAUUAA